AUGGCGUCGGAAACCACCGCCGGUUCAGACGAAUCGUUGAAGCUCGCCAUUGCCAUAGCUCUUCUUCGUUCCAAAUUCCUGAAGAAACCUUCUGCAACUCUUCAUCCUCCAUCCGCUACCUCGAGUUCUGAUGCUAUCAAGUGGAAACGAAAGGCGAAAGAGCGCAAACAAGAGAUUUUCAGACUCAAAAAAAAUCUCGAAGAAGUUGAAGAUGGACUACAUCAUGAAUUAUUCGCGGGGAGUGUAUCCUGUAAAUGCUAUUUCUUUGAAAAUUUAGGGAAAUUGAACCCUAAUCAGCUAUCAGGAGAGGGAUUUGACGGGGGAUUCAAUGAUGUCUUACGCCGUAGAUUUCUUAGACAAGUGAGACUGAAGGAAAGAAGAAAAAGAAGAAGCGAGGGUUCCACACAACGAUCAUUUUGGUCUGAGGAUAAUGCUGAGGAAGUUGAACAGCUUAGGGCUUCAGUUGAUUUUCUUGUGGAGUUAUGUGAUACUCUUUCUUCUCCAGAUGAUACUAAUUUUGCUAACUGGUCACACCAAGCUGUAGACUUCAUUUUGGAUGCAAUCAAGAAUAUUUUGUCCAAGGGAACAAGUAUCCAACAUGUUGAAGGAAUUGUUGGCAACUUGUCACUACGUUUGGUUAAAAAAAUGUGCACCACAUCACAAGGAAAUGAAACUCAUCAUCAGUUUGAAACUGAUGCCCAGUUCCAUGUUCAGCAUUUGCUUCGUAAGCUUGGGAGUGAAUCAUGUGUUGGACAACGAGUGAUUCUUGCAGUUUCUCAAAGAAUCUCUUUACUCUCAGAAAAUUUGCUGUUUCUUGAUCCAUUUGAUUCAGCUUUUUUUGAAAUGCAUACCAGUCUCUACAUUUUGAUCCAACUUAUUGAAUUUUUGGUAUCAGAUUACCUUAUAAGUUGGUCAAAGACAGAUGGAUUUGCUUCAGAGUUGUUAGAAGAGUGGGUGACUUCAAUCCUCCAUGCUCGAAAAGGACUUCAACUGUUGGAAAGCAGAUGCGGGCUUUACAUUAUAUACAUGGAUCGUGUAAUUGGGCUAAUUGCCAAACUAAUUGCUCAGAUUACAUCUCUCCACAACCUCAGCCCCAACAUUCUUCAAACCUUACUUUGCUCAAUCUCUACAUAA